AUGGGAUCCAUUACGCACUCACUUCAAUGUCUUUCUCUUUUGUUUCUAAUUACCUCAGUCUGUUCCUCUGCUUUCAACAUUCCAAGGUUAGGAACUCUGCGAAGAAUUAAAGAACGCAAACCACAAACCAUGUCUUCCUCUGGUCAAUCGCCUGAAGACCUGCAAACAUUCUAUUACACCCAAAGAAUUGAUUAUUUCAAUUACGGGCCUGACAGCUACCCUACUUUCCAACAAAGAUAUGUGAUGGACUUUAAGUAUUGUGGUGGAGCUAAAUCAAGUUCACCAAUUUUUGCAUUACUUGGUGCUGAAUCACCGUUGGAUGAAGAUAUAUACUAUGUUGGACUUCUUAGGAAUAAAGCUCCCCAAUUCAAUGCACUUAUUGUCUAUAUUGAGCAUAGAUACUAUGGGAAAUCAAUACCAUUUGGUUCAUGGGAAGAAGCUAUGAGAAAUGCUAGUACUCGCGACUACUUCAACUCAACCCAAGCACUAGCAGACUAUGCUGCUGUGCUUUUACACAUCAAGAAAAGUUUGUCCGCUCAGAGUUCUCCCAUAAUCGUUAUUGGAGGCUCUUAUGGCGGAAGUGAUGUAAGCAAAUUGUACAAAGCUUCUGAGCUCAAAGACAUCUUAGAGUUAGUAUAUAAUUCUGAUUUCCAAGUAAAUACCAUCUUAGAAGUUAUUGAUGCAGCAACAGCUAAGAAAACAUACAUUCUUGACCGAAUAUUUCAAGGUGUUCAAACAUGUAGCGAGAUUGUUAACCCAAUUUGUCAUGAUAGGAGUGGCUCAAUGUUCCAGCCAGCACCUUUCAAUAUAAAGAGAUUUGUUAAUGAGAGUAGGAGCUUAUAUGGUGUGCUUUCACGGCCUCAUUGGAUUACCACAUAUUAUGGGGGUCCUGAUUUUAAACUAAUUCUCCGUAGGUUUGGUAGCAAUGUCAUCUUCUCCAAUGGAUUGAAAGAUCCCUACAACUCUGGCGUGGUGUUGGAGAGUAUAUCAAACAAUGUCAUUCUUGUUUCCACUGGUCUCAUUGCUUGGGCAUACUGA